UGUCGGAAAGUCUGUACUGUAGGGGAGGGUUUCUAUUGAUUUUCCAAUCUCUGUGCCGUCGGUGACCUUUUAAUCGAUUCUCUUUCUCUCUCGGUCGCCGUCAAGUUCACUAUCUCCGACUUAUCUUUCUGUCAAGUUCUGAAGAAGAAUCAUGGAGGAUGUCCCAAACCCGAGCCUUGUUGGAAAAAUAAAGAAAGAAGCUCCACAGCUAGCAACUGUGUUGAGAGAAAUGAAGAAUGGUCUAGAUGUGGUUAGGAGCAAAGUGGAGGAUCUCACUGCUAAGGUAAAAGCAAACAGUUAUCCGACCACGGAUGGGAUAAGUUACCUAGAGGCCAAGCAUCUGUUACUUCUAAGUUAUUGCCAAUGUCUUGUAUAUUAUCUGCUAAGGAAAACAAAAGGAUUAUCUAUUGAUAGCCAUCCUGUUGUAAGGAGCCUUGUAGAGAUACGAAUGUUUCUUGAAAAGAUUCGUCCCAUAGACAAAAAACUUCAGUACCAGAUUCAGAAGCUCACUACUACCGGUGGGUCUGUGACAGAGCUAGCCGAGGGAAAGGGAUCUGGUGCUGCCCAAGCAUCUGAAGAUCUUUCUAAUUAUAAGCCUAAACCAGACUUACUUGCUGACAAAACUGAGGAUGAUCAAGAGGAUGGUGUUUAUCGACCACCGAAAUUCGCUCCGAUGUCUAUGGAUGAUAAGACAUCAAAACAGGAAAGAAACGCUGCCAGAAAAGAGAAACACUUUUUAAGAGCUACUGAAGAUACAUACUGGAAAGAUGUGUUGGAUGAUCUCGAGGACAAGCCUGAAGAGAUCAGAGACUUUUAUGGGGCUGAGAGCAGGGAGCAGAAGAAGUUCAUAACACAAUAUGAAAGGCAACAACAAGCAGAAGAAGAGCUCUUCACUCGGGCACCUCGCACUAAAGAGGAUAAGAAGAGAGAAAAGCGCUUGAAAUCAAGCAGCGGGUUGCUUGGACUAACCGAGAAUUUCAUGGAUGAAUUCAAGUUCUUGGACAAAGAUGGUGAACAGCCCCGUAAAAGGGGAGGAAGUUUCAAGAAAAGAAAGACAAGGCACUGACUGGUUACUUUUGCUGCAUCACUGCACCAAUUUUGUUUCCAAGUUAUGAUGAUUGAAAGUAAUGAAUGUAAGAACACAUAAUUUUGCAGUUUUACUGUUUUAGUAUUUGGUUCAUGGUCAUGCUCUUGCAGUAAAAUUCGGAAGAGACCUUUUCUCUUUAGCUAAAUUUAGCUUGUUACCACCGAAA